AUGUUAGCACAUUCUGGACUUGCUGAUACUUUAAUAGAACAAUCUAAAUUAUUUCAUCAAUUAUAUGAUGAUAAUUUAAUGAAAAUGACAGCAAAAUUAGAUGAUUUUCAAAGAAUUCGUACAUUAGGACGUGGUGGUUUUGGUCAUGUUCUAUUAGUACGUCAUAUUUAUACUGAUAAAUAUUUUGCAUUAAAAAUAUUAUCUAAAAUACAAAUAAUUAAAACUCAUCAAAUUCAUAAUGCAAUUAAUGAGAAACGUAUAUUAGCUGCAUGUAAUUUUACAUUUAUUAUACCAUUAUAUUAUAGUUUUAAAGAUAAUAGUAAUUUAUAUCUGGUUAUGGAAUAUGCAAUAGGUGGUGAUUUAUUUACAUUAUUACGUCAUAUGAAACAAUUCUCUAAUGAAAUGGUUAAAUUCUAUGGUGCUCAAGUGAUAUUGGCAUUUGAAUAUUUACAUUAUUUAACAAUAGUUUAUCGUGAUUUAAAACCAGAAAAUCUUUUAAUUCAUUCUAAUGGUUUUAUUAAAUUAACUGAUUUAGGUUUUGCUAAAUUAUUACCUAAACAUAAACGUACAUGGACAUUAUGUGGUACACCAGAUUAUAUGGCACCAGAGAUUAUAUUAAAUAAAGGUUAUCAUCAUUCAAUUGAUUGGUGGGCAUUUGGUAUAUUAUUAUAUGAAAUGACUACUGGUUAUCCACCAUUUAUGCAUUAUGAUCAAAUGAAAACAUUUGAAUUAAUUAUUAUUGGUAAUAUUAAAUUUACAAAUUAUUUUAAUCCAUUAUUAAAAGAUUUAAUCAGGAAUUUAAUACAAAUUGAUUUAAGUCGACGUUAUGGUAAUUUAAAAAAUGGUAUCCAUGAUAUUAAAAAUCAUGAUUAUUUUAAAGAUUUAAAUUGGUUACAAUUAUAUCAAUUGAAUAUUGAACCUCCUUAUAAACCAUUAUAUAAUAAUAAUAAUAAUAAUAAUAAUAAUAAUUUACAAGAUCUAAAUCAUUUUGAUCAUUCUAAUGAAUUCAAUUUCAAUAUUGCUGAAAAAGAACAAUUUGAAAAUAGUUUUGAUGAUUUUUGAAAUCGUUUUCCUUUUGUUUUCAUGGUUUCAUUCAAUUCCGAUUUGUUAUGGUUUAAUUUAUUGAUUAAUUCAAUGUUAAUUAUGUAAUAAAAAGAGGAAGAGAAAAAGAAAGAAAGAAAGAAAGGAAGGAAGAAAGCAUAGUGUACAAUAUCACAGUUUGAUGUAACGGUUGAGCACUCAUUUCGAUGCCUGAAGAUGCUGAGUUUCAUCCCACGUGGGAUUAUGGAUAAGUGCUGUUAAGGUAUCUCAUAACUAUUCAAUGUUUUAUGAUUUCUAUUGGUUGCUUAACUAAGACCAAUCAACGAAGUUAACUAUGACAAUUUUACUAUUCAAUAAAUUUCUGGGAUUAUUAAUCAUAUAUAUAUAUAUAUAUAUAUAUAUAUAUAUCAGUGGAGAUAGUAGUAUUAGUAUUACUACUACUACUACUACUACUACUACUACUACUACUACUACUACCAUUAGUUGUAUUAGUAAUAACAGUAGAAAUUCAAUGCCAUAAACCCUGGUCCG